GUGUGGCAGGGCAACGCCAUCUCCUAUCACGUGACCUGUUGGACAAAGUGAGGAUAAGUUGGACGGUAGGAGAUUGUCUAGGAAAACUAGGAGAGUCAAGAGUCUGUGAUGAAAAGGGAGAUGUGAUGAUGGGAACAGAGGGUGGAGUGAGGCACUUUGAAGAUGGAGGAAGGGAACACGAGCCAAAGAAUGCCUCAGCCUUUAGAAGCUGGAAAAGUAUGCAUGGGCUGCCCUGGGCAAGAGUUGGCUCUGCUUAGCACUGAUAACGAUGACUUCACUGUGCUGAAUGGUGGGACAGUCCAGGAAAGGAAGGCAUUGGCGGUCUUUCCAUCCAAACGUAUCUUACAAAGACGCAAGAGAGAAUGGGUGGUCCCACCAAUAUCUGUGUCUGAGAAUGGCAAGGGUCCCUUCCCCCAGAAGCUGAAUCAGCUCAAAUCUAAUAAGGACAGAGGCACCAAGAUUUUCUACAGCAUCACUGGGCCAGGGGCAGAUAGUCCCCCUGAGGGUGUCUUCACCAUAGAGAAAGAGACUGGCUGGUUAUUGUUGAAUAAGCCACUGGACCGGGAGAAGAUCGCCAAGUAUGAGCUCUUUGGCCAUGCUGUGUCAGAGAAUGGUGCUUCAGUGGAGGAGCCCAUGAAUAUCUCCAUCAUUGUGACAGACCAGAAUGACCACAAGCCCAAGUUUACCCAGGAUGUCUUCAGAGGGAGUGUCUUAGAGGGGGUGCUGCCAGGUACUUCUGUGAUGCAGGUGACAGCCACAGACGAGGAUGACGCCAUCAAUACCUACAAUGGGGUGGUUGCUUAUUCCAUCCAUAGCCAAGAACCAAAGGAGCCACAUGAACUCAUGUUCACUGUCCACCGGAGCACAGGCACCAUCAGUGUCAUCUCCAGUGGCCUGGACCGGGAGAAAGUCCCUGUGUACACAUUGACCAUCCAGGCUACAGACAUGGACGGGGAUGGCUCCACCACCACAGCAGUGGCAGUGGUGGAAAUCCUCGAUGCCAAUGACAACGCUCCCGUGUUUGACCCCCAGAAGUACGAGGCCCAUGUGCCUGAGAAUGCAGUGGGCCACGAGGUGCAGAGGCUGACAGUGACCGAUCUGGAUGCCCCCAACUCAUCCGCAUGGCGUGCCACCUACCAUGUUGUGGGAGGUGAUGACAACAACCAUUUUACUAUCACCACCGACCCUGAGAGCAAUCAGGGCGUCCUGACCACCAGAAAGGGCUUGGAUUUUGAGGCCAAAAACCAACACACCCUGUAUGUUGAAGUGACCAAUGAGGUUCCCUUUGUGGUGAAGCUCCCAACCUCCACAGCCACUGUCGUGGUCCACGUGGAGGAUGUGAAUGAGGCACCUGUGUUUGUCCCACCCUCCAAAGUCACUGAGGUCCAGGAAGGCAUUUCCGCUGGGGAGCCUGUGUGCGUCUAUACUGCGCAAGACCCUGACAAGGAGGAUCAGAAGAUCAGCUACCAUAUCCUGAGAGACCCAGCAGAGUGGCUAGCCAUGGACCCAGACAGCGGGCAGGUCACCGCUAUGGGCAUCUUGGACCGCGAGAAUGAGCAGUUUGUGAGGGAUAAUAUAUAUGAAGUCAUAGUUUUGGCCACAGACAAUGGGAGUCCUCCCACCACGGGCACAGGGACCCUCCAGCUAACACUUAUCGACAUCAAUGACCAUGGCCCAGUCCCUGACCCCCGCCAGAUCACCAUCUGCAACCGAAGCCCUGUGCCUCAAGUACUGAACAUCACGGACAAGGACCUGUCCCCCCACACUUCCCCUUUCCAGGCUCAGCUCACACAUGACUCGGACAUCCACUGGACAGCAGAGGUCAAUGAGAAAGGCGACACAGUGGCUGUAUCCCUGAAGAAGUUCCUGAAGCAAGACACAUAUGACGUGCACCUUUCUCUGUCUGACCAUGGCAACAAGGAGCAGGUGACGGUGAUCAGAGCCACUGUAUGUGACUGCCAUGGCCACGUGGAUACCUGCCCUCCACGCUGGAAGGGGGGUUUUAUCCUCCCUGUCCUGGGGGCUGUCCUGGCUCUGCUACUGCUCCUGCUGGUGCUCCUCUUGUUGGUGAGAAAGAAGCGGAAGGUGAAGGAGCCCCUUCUACUCCCAGAAGAUGACACCCGUGACAACGUCUUCUACUAUGGUGAAGAAGGGGGCGGCGAAGAGGACCAGGACUAUGACAUCACCCAGCUCCACCGGGGUCUAGAGGCCAGGCCGGAGUUGGUUCUCCGAAAUGACGUGGCACCAACCUUCAUCCCCACACCCAUGUACCGUCCUCGGCCAGCCAACCCAGACGAAAUCGGCAACUUCAUCAUCGAGAACCUGAAGGCGGCCAACACAGAUCCCACGGCCCCACCCUAUGACUCCCUGCUCGUGUUCGACUAUGAGGGCAGCGGCUCCGAUGCCGUGUCACUGAGCUCCCUCACCUCCUCAGCCUCUGACCAGGACCAAGAUUACGACUAUCUGAAUGAGUGGGGCAGCCGCUUCAAGAAGCUGGCGGACAUGUAUGGUGGCGGUGAGGACAACUAGGCUGCCUGCCCUCAGGGCCAGGAACUAAACUUCAAGCCACAGCAGCAUCUCCAAGGGCCCUCUGUCCCCCCUUCAGCCAAGAACUUUGGAGCUUGUCAGGAAUUGGCUUUAGCAACUUGGAAGGGAGAAGCUACAAGUUUGACAUUAGUGGGGUUGGUUUCUAAGCCUUUCAGAAUGGACAAAUGUGGGCCAUGUGGCUUUGGCCCCGAAACCUCUUAGCCUAGGUCAGAGUGGCCUCAGGCUGGAUUCCCAUGAGUCUCUCAUCUGCCGUAAUAUGCUCAGCCCUGUGUCCCAGGCCUGGACCUGCUCUGACUCAUGAUGACUUUCCCUCUGGAAUGGACCCUUCUCCUUAGAAAAGAGGCCUCUUAGUAAAACAAAAAUAUUUUUCAUUCUAUCUUCAAAGUGUUAGAGGCGGGUCCUCUAGAAGCAAAGCCCAGAGCUGCUGGGCUCAGUGGCCCUUGUGCAUUUCUCUGACUUCCAGGCCCCAUGACCUGCAUUUGGAUGGAUGGAUCACUGCGUUUUUAUACUGAGCGUGUCUAGGUUGUCCUUUAUUUUUUAUUUUUCCUGUUGUGUGCUAUAGAUGAAGGGUGAUGACAAUCAUGUAAAUGUACUGGAACUUUUUUAUUAAAGGAACUUUU